AUGCCCGACGUAGAAAUCGACAACCUGACCCUCUUGCUACUCCUCGCCGCAGUCUCUUUACUGCUCUAUGACCGCUUCGCUAAGCCAGCGGCGCUCGUCCACCCGCUUCUCCUGGGAAAACAGGCAGAAGUCGCGCCCGUGCGGAAGGAGGGAGAGUCGGGGGUGUAUAGGAGCUUUGCGACGGGUCAUGGAGCGCCGCUGAUUGUGAGGCCGGCGAGCGGGCUCAAGACUGUGAGGGACGUGAUUGGCGGGUCGAAAGGAGGAGACGGCGCUCAGAGGGUUAUCUUGGACACACCGCUCACCGACACCGCUCUCGCCGAGCUCACCCGCCUCCUACCUCUGGGUCUCAGCUCGCUCUUCCCCUCCCUUGCUUCAUCAGCGUCCCCCAUCCUCGUCCUCCUCCCUCCCAACCCAUCGACCUCUCUUCCACUCCUCCUCCUCUCCCUCGCCUCUUCACCAGAUCAGCCUCUAAUCGUCCUGCCCAAUCCACGCGUCCUGACUGCCGCCCUCGAGGCGACAGCCCACGCCAAACCGGGCUUGGUGGUCGUGCAUGAGUCCCUAGCGGAUGGAGUCGUGGAGCAGGUCAUGGAAGAAAGUGGAGGGUGUGGGGUGUUGGUAGUAGGAGAUACUGGGGAGAAGUAUGGCGGCCUGGCGAGCUCUGCAGGCUCUCACGGGGUGGUCGUCAGGUUCUGGGAUGAAGUUUGGGAUGCAGGAGAGCAACAGACCGCUGAUCUUCAAGCUCCUCAGCCGAACGAUAUCCACUCAUUCUUCUAUUCCUCCGCCGAUAUCGGCGCCGAGCCUACGAUCACCAAGUUCACGCACCUCAACUUCACGGCUGGGAUCGCGGCUUUCCUCUCAUCCUUCCCGGCAGACAAGCGUCCGAGCGCACAUAAGAAUGAUGUCGUGGCGAGCGCCGAGCCCCUUACUACGCCAGUGGGCAUGUCGAUCGCCCUUGCUUCGAUCUGGAGCGUAGGAGCGGGCUUCAGUCUCAUUAGGCCAGACUCAGGGUCCUGGGUGAAGAGCAAUACCGCUGACCCGCUGGACGACCUGCGCCGCCUCAGCGCAGUAGGCAAGACCAAGCCUUCGGUCUUGAUCAUCACCAAAGAGGACCACCUAGCCCUCACCCGUGCCCUGCACAAGGCUUAUCGCAGCUCCUCUCUCGCCGGAUGGGCAAUGAACGCAAAAUCAUCCGACAUCCAAGCGGGGUACAUCGCUCGAAAGGGUAUCUGGGACAAGCUCGUUUGGUCAGGAUUGCGCAAUGACGCUCUGGAUGGUAUACCUGGCGACUCGCUCCGGAGCCUGAUAGUCAUUGGAGACACACCAUCAUCCAGCGCAAUCGCGUGGUCUACCGCGCUCCUCUCCCUUCCUACCGCCCGACUCUUCUCUUCUCCUUUCUCAGCGGGCCCAGUCCUCUCUUCACACUUCUACGAUAUCCAGUCGUCGUCCUCUCACCUCAUAUCCCCGCCUAGCGCGGAAGGAGAGACGAGCCAUACCGGUGCGCCAGGGUGUAAUGUGGAGGUGGUCCUGCGGGGAGGGAGACCAAAAGAGGGUACAAGGGAUGGGAGCGAGGUGGCUAUGGAGGGGAAGCUGUAUGCGCGAGGACCGGGGUUGGGUGCUGUGUUGGGGAAAGAGGGGGAAGGGGCUAACGAGGGUUGGGUCCAGGUCGCGCAGAGAGCGGGGGUGCGGACGAAUGGGACUUUCGUGAUCUUGUCCAAGGAGUAA